UGACUGAAUUCAUAUGAAGAUAGUUUCCUUUAUUUACAGGUUCUUUUCUAGGGACCAAACUUUCCCAUUGAAUGGAACCCAUUGCAAUGUGGCUUUGGUGAGUGGUGAUGACGACAUUAUUACACACAAGAAUUUGCCUCUCCAUGGAGCUGAAACUUCAGUAGUUCAAGAGCUAAACCCCAAUCCAAAAGCUUCAAAGCCAGACAAGGGAUUAGUCUUACAAGAGAAGUCAAACACAAAUUAUCCCUUGCCUGUUUCUCAAAUCGAAUAUAGACACUAUUUUCCUUCUCUUGCUAGUAUGAUCACAGAAGUUGAAUCGUCAUCAAACAAAAGCAUUAGUCCAAGAAAGGUGGAGUUGCCCGGGAAAGGCUCUGUUUCGGAUGAUGAUAAUAUGUCCUCCAGUGGAUUUUCUAAAGUCAAUCUCGUGGUGAGAAUGCCAUUGCAACUAAGCUGGGCUGAGGUUGAAGAAAUAACAGGUGGGUUCACAAGAAUGACUUGCGUGGAUGAGAAUGACAGUUGCAAGUCAUAUUGUGGGUAUUUAAGUGAUCAUCACUGCAGAGUUCUGGUUAAAAGAUUCACCAGACAAUUUGACUACAAUGUCGAAGCUGAAAAGAAAGCAGCCUUGACUCUGCAUCACAAAAAUAUACAGGGGUUGAUUGGUUACCACAAGAGCGAAAGUGCUACAGUAGUUGUCUAUCCUUUUACCAGAAGAUGGAUACUGGACAGAUUUAUCCAUGGAUCAAAGGGAAAGCAGGUCAAAUUGACAUUUCAAGAAAAAAUAAAGAUAGCAAUAGGAAUUGGUCAAGGUAUUCGAUACAUGCACGAAGGAUGUCCUCGGGGCCCUAUUGUUCAUGGUGACUUGCGGCCAUGCAAUAUUUUCCUGAAUUUUGACUUAGAGCCACUGAUCUUUGGAUUUGGGAAAUCUACAUGGCUGCAGCUAAAACAAGCCUUACCAAUUUCUAGUAACAGGUUAUGGCACAAGGAUCCUUCAGAUCCUGAAUCCUUGGCUCUGGUAAAAUCCGACAUCUUUCACUUUGGAAUUCUGCUCUUAAGGUUGUUUUGUAGAAGAUCUGCCCCGAAGGAUGACAAAAAAUUUUUUGAUUGGGUCCGACCAUUGUUGGUAAAAGGAGCAUACCAUGAGUUGCUGGACGAAGGCAUGGAGUACCUGGACAUGUAUGGAAUAUAUAUGGUGAUGUGUGUUGCUGCUCAGUGCAUAAAGACUAAUCCGGUUUCAAGACCUAGUAUAAGCGAGGUAAUUUCACUUCUUCAGGGAGAAACUUCAUGUGCUGUGGAAUUAUCCCCAUUGUCUGAUUUUAGCCCAAAUAUGGACUUGAGCAGGUGCCUCAGUUAGUCGAUUUCUGUGCAAUUUAUGCUCUCAGGGAUGCCAUUUUCAGCUUGGCCUAGGUACCAAAAUAAGAUGUGCAAAAAUUAAUGUCAACCGGAGUUGGCAAGUGGUUUGUAAAAUUUAUGAAAAAUGUAUAGAAGAAUAGAAGCUAUUUGGGUUCUGUAAUUCUUUGACUGGCUAGCCAGAACAAACAUUUUUAAACAAAAGUGUAACCAUUUAAUAGCUUUGCUUAAUAUUCUCUAAAAACUA